UAUGUGUGUUGCGAUCUGUAAACCAGUUUUCGGACUUUUACCCAUCUUGAACUGCGAAACGGGUGAGUUGGAGUACUUCUACACAGACACCGUGCGAGUGAAGAAACCCGCCUACGAUGAGGAAACCGGUGAGCCGAUUCACGAUCAGAUCAUGAAGGUGCACUUCCGAAAACACACCAAUUUCCAUGUACCCAAGCACUUCCUCCGGGGCACAAUGUGCGACGAGAUGGACGAUGUGAUGGCCAAUACGGUGAGACAUGGAUUAGCCACUGCACAUCAUCAAAAGGCUCCCAAGAAGGCGACGCCAGGUUAUGAACGGGAGGAUUACUGUAAAAUGGAUGGCGUGAGCAGCAACAUCAUAUUGGGCUACACCCGCAACCAGUACCUGCUGUUCCUGGUGCCCACGCUCUUCUGCUACAACUUCUUCAUCGGUGCCGCGCUGGCCGUCAUCGAGAUCUUCCUGCACAUGAUGUCGCACCACAAGAACAGCCUCACCAUGCAGAAGGGUCUGUACUUCCGGAGUCCCCUCCACGUGCUCUCCUCGCAAUUCUGCGCCAUUUGUCGCACGGAAUGCGACAGCAAGUACAAUCGCAUCUUCGACAUCCUCAACAAGCAGAUGCGCAAUGCACAUCGCUCGGAGGCUCUCAAGGAUAUGGCCAAGGCCAUUGGUUAAGCUAGGAGACAUUAUCUUCGACAUGGUCAACGUAUAUUUUAACAACAGAAAUGUUUUGUGUCACUCGAUCAACAACAAAAAUAAAUGCACUCGUUUAUCACUCAA